AAUUAAAUUAUGAAAUAAUAAACUCUUCAUCCAGAUCCUAGAAAGAAAUAAAUCUUGUUAGAUAUGAUUAAUAAAGGAGGUAUAUCUGAGUUAAAGCCAGAAAAAACACUUUAAGCCUAAAUUGAUGCUUUAUAAUAAGAAUUACAAGAAAAAGAAUUUGCUUUAAUUUAAAAAGGUAUAUCAAUAAUCUAUUCUAGAUGAACAAAUAGAUAAAUUAUGUGCUUUUGUGCUAUAGUAUUAAGAAGAGAUAGCUUAGAAAAAUAGGGAAAUAGAGGACUUUUAAUUAAAUAAGGCCUAAUUAGAGAUGGAGGUUCAAAGUUAUUAUGAAAUGAAAGAACAUUGCGAUUAAGCAUUAAAAUAAUUACACCAUGUUGAAAUGCAAAUGAGUGAAUUGUAAGAGUAAAAUUCUUCAUUAAGAAAUUAAGGUAAUAAACUAUUUUCUAUUAAUUUAGAACAGUAACUUUUAAGCUAAAUUUAAGCAUUAUAAAAAAAUUCAGAUGCCCUAUUAAGAGAUGCUUUUGAAAGAGAAAAGAAAUAAUUACAUAAAAAAUUACUUGAGAAGACUAAGAUAAUUUAGGAAUUAAAUUGUUAAAUUUCGAAAUAAAAUGAGAUAUAAUCUACAAUUCAUUAAUCAAUGAUGAAAAUGAAAGAAGAUUAAAAGAAAUAAGAACAGACUAUUUAAUUAUUAAGAGAAGAAAUAGAAAAUUUAAAAGGUGAUGCAGCUAUAUUUGCGAGUCCUUUAAAUCAAAUGAACAUCCCUUUGAAUUAAUUUACGAGUCCAUAAGGAUAAAGAUAAGCCAGUUUUAACACACAUAAAGAUUUUGAUACUCCUAUGAGAUAAUCAUUAUAUACAUAAUAGAAACCAUAAUCUUCUAAUAGUCUCUGUAGUAAUUUUACUAGUUAAGAAAGUAAGAAAAAAAUGAUUGGCAAUUUUAAGAGAUUAACUACUAUGGCUGUCGGUUUGUAUAGUAAUUGCCUUGAUUAUUAAUCAUUAUAGAAUGGCAGUAAAUUAGUAAUUUAUAAUAUAAUUAUAGGCAUCUGAAUUGGGUUAAGCUAGGAUUGACUUAACUUAAUAAAUUUCAAGAUCUUCCCUGCUGCAAUAGGAGUAUAAUGAUAAUAAUUGA